UGCCUGACCGAUUUUCUCAUCAUCAUUCGGCACUGAAUACCCUUAGCAACACGACUAGUAUCGGUAGAAUGUCAAGGAGCCUCCUAUUCGUUGCGCUGCUCAUUGCAGUUGCAGUUGCAUUACCGGCGACUGCCCCGCAAUUUCAAGAUCUUCAAAGGAUAGUAAAAUCAGCCGAGCCGGAACCUAUUCGUCUUAAACGUAGUUAUGGUGGAUAUGGCGGUGGUUUCGGCGGCGGAUACGGUGGUGGUUUUCACGGUCAUCACGGUUUUGGAGGCCACCGAGGAUUCGGAGGAUCACACUAUCCCGGAGGAUCACACUAUCCUGGAGGUUCAAUCUAUCCCGGAGGAUCGCAUUAUCCCGGAGGAUUGCAUUAUCCCGGAGGAUCGCACUAUCCUGGAGGUUUUGGAGGAGGAUGCAGAGGAGGAUGUGGAGGAGGAUCACACUUUCCUGGUUCCUUUGCCAACAGCGGAGCUAAUGCCGGCUCAAUAAGCACGCCAUUCGGCAGCGGUUCCUUCGCGAGCUCGUAUGCGAAUUCUGAUAGUAAAUACGGACGAUGAAAGAAGCGACGACCACUAUCAUUGAAAAUGGACUACGUAACUACGUAACAUUAACUUAAUUGUACUUGUGCACUUAUUGUAUGUACAAAUACUCAUAUUUUCACGCAAAAUAAAUUUAUUUACAUGAAAUAUGAAAA